UACGAGUACAGGUUUGUGUACAUCGCCCACCCCUGCCUGUUUCUACAAUAAUACUAGUUCGAUAGUUCAACAUCCCUUUUGAGUUGUCUUUCCUUCGAUAGUUGUCCCUGGUACUAUCCUUCACUCGGCCAUGGCAGAUCCAGCACCGCCAGGCACCUCGCCCGAAGAGCGGGAGGAGCACCUGGAGUCUGAGUCGGAGACGGAGGAGCAACCACAAGAUGCAGUUGAAUCGACAACCUCGAAACCGAAGAAGAAAAAGAAAAAGUCCAAGAGGUCAAAGAUAGUCUCUGCCAUUACUGGCAAUAAGCCCUCCGAAGCCGCGGAAUCCUCCUCCUCCUCCUCACAGCCUGCCGCAAAGCUGUCCAACGACCACAUCAAGCAACUGCUCGAGAUGAACCCUACACUGAAAGGAGAACUGGCAGGUAUGCCAACUGAGAAGGCUGCCGACGUGUUGAGAAAAAUGGACCUACAACAAUUGUUGAGCGGAAUGUCUCUUAACGGGAAGAACCAGAAGGAUAUGGCAUCUUACAAGUUCUGGCAGACACAGCCAGUCCCUCGAUUUGACGAAAGACCCGACUCCGAGAAGCCGGACGGUCCUAUCAAAGAGGUUAUUCCUGAGCUUGUCCCCAAGACUGCCGCACCGUUGCCAGAAGGCUACGAAUGGGUUGAACUUGAUAUGACCAACGAAGCCGAAGUCAAGGAGGUGUAUAACCUCCUGACCUUACACUAUGUGGAAGACGACCACGCCAUGUUCAGAUUCAACUACUCUGCGGUGUUUCUAGAUUGGGCGGUGAAAUCUCCGGACUGGAAGAAGAGUUGGCAUAUCGGCGUGAGGGCUAAAGGCCCGAGCCGUCUGCUUGUCGCAACUAUCUUCGGGAUCCCGAUCAGGCUACGAAUACGCGAGAGAGUACUAGACGUGGUAGAGAUCAACUACAUGUGUGUACACAAGAAGCUGCGGUCACGCAGACUAGCACCGGUCCUGAUCAAAGAAGUAACGCGAAGAUGUCACCUUGAAGGCGUUUACCAAGCCAUCUACACAGGCGGUGUCAUCCUCCCUACCCCGAUCGGAAGCUGCCGCUACUUUCACCGAAGUCUGGACUGGCUGAAACUCUAUGAAGUCGGCUUUUCGCCGCUGCCGCCUAACAGUACGGCAGCCAAGAUGAUCGCCCGGAACCAACUACCACCUAGUACGAGCACACUAGGUUGGCGCGCCAUGGAGGAGAAAGAUAUCGACUCUGUCUUGGACCUGCUGACGCGAUACCUGAAGCGGUUUGAGCUAGUACAGGAAUUCAACCAGGCGGAGAUCGAGCACUGGUUCUACAAUAGACACAAGCCGGAGGAUCAGGUCGUAUGGUCCUUUGUGGUAGAAAACGAUGGCAAGAUUACGGAUUUUGCUAGCUUUUAUUGCCUUGAAAGCAGUGUCAUCGGUGCAGCGAGCCAGAAACAUGACAAGAUCCGUGCGGCAUAUCUGUAUUACUAUGCCACGGAGCAAGCUUUCAAUCCCAAAGAGAAAGGGCUCAAGUCCAGACUGCAGGAGAUUGUGCAGGAUCUAUUAAUCGAGGCAAAGAAGGCCAAGUUUGACGUGUUCAAUGCUCUGACGCUGCAUGACAACCCACUGUUCUUGACUGAUUUGAAGUUCGGUGCGGGUGACGGUCAGCUCCAUCAUUACCUUUAUAACUGGAGGACGAAGCCGAUCAAUGGCGGUAUCAACGAGAGAAACCAGCCCGACGAAUCGAAACGAGGUGGUAUUGGCAUUGUUUUAUUGUGAGACCGAUGAUACGACGUAAGCAACAAUGCGUAUUAUGAAGAUCUGGGGUGCUUUUGUAAAGGCGAUGAGGCAUGGAAGGAAGUAUAAGCAAGUCAAGGGUGGUGCAAAAUGUGCCUGACAUGAAAGAAAAUGUGCAGGCGUGAUGAUAUUCUUACAUAGCCAAUGAGAAAAAUAACUUGCCAUGCGGAU